AUGGCGGAUGCAGCUGCAGAACCAGCCAGCCCUGCCUCCUCGUGUGAUGGCGGGCCCAUGCAGGACAUUGCUGAACGCAGCACAGGUCAGGAGGACUUGUAUAAGAAUAUAGCAGCCCUGUUUCGAUCAGAGCCAUCUCAAGCAGUCUCUGAGUUUUCCCGCCAGAUUCAAGAUCUAGGGAACAGAGUCUCAGAACUAGAGACAAGAGCCGAUGACAUCUCGGAUACCCUGGGCCGUGACAGGGAAGACAUUAAUUCCCACGAGGCACAAUUGGCAGACUUGGAACUCAAAAUUGAGGACCUUGAGAACAGGUCCAGGAGAGGAAACCUACGGGUUAGAGGCCUCCCAGAGUUGUUUCAAGAUCUGCAAUCCACCCUAUCCACCCUGUUUGCUACCUUACUGCCGCACACGGAGUCGAAUCUCCUGAAGAUGGAUCGGGUGCACAGAGCUCUAGGGAAGCCACGCAAUUUAAACUUGCCAAGGGAUAUAAUCCUCAAGUUCCACGAUCCGGAGACAAGAGAUAAAGUCCUAGCAGCUACCAGAGGUCUCUCCGAUUUACCAGGAUUACCUACUUCAGUCCACCUUUAUGUGGACUUAGCUCCAUCUACACUCCGCAGAAGACGGGAGAUGAGGCCAGUUACCCAGGCCCUACAGAAAGCGCAAAUACGGUCUAUACAAACACUCAAUCAAACUAUAACAUUUACCCCGUUUGAUCGAUCUAUUACUUACUCUUUGUACAGACAAGGUUUACUGUCACGAAUUUAUGGAUCACUUUGCACCCUUCCUGAAGAUGAUAAGUUACCCUAUAUGAAAGCUUGGGAGGAGGACUUGCAACAGGAAUACCCAUCCUCCAAGUGGUACCAAAGGUCCCAGACUCUCACGAAAGGGUCCUGGCAAGUCACACUAGCAGAAACCUCAAUUAAGAUACUACACAGAACAUAUAUGUAUGCUGCUACUUUGUUGUAUUGCAACAAGGACGACUUUAUAGUUAUAGCUGUUAUAUGUGCUACAAAAGACAAUCUCUACUGGAAGUAUCUCUUAUUGGCUAGUACAGACAUAUGCAGUAGUGCAAUGCUACAAGAGCCCUGUUUUUUUCAGAGCUUUGUAUUAAAAUGUACCAGGUACCCAAAAUGGACGGAAAGUGAAUACCUUACAUUUUCAACUUUUCCAUCUAAGAUUCGUUUCUGUUGGACAAUUUUGGUUAUUGUCUGUUUCCCACAGCUAGUAAACUCUCUCCCGUACAAAGUAGGUAUUGUUGGACCCUGGACCUGUGACCCAUUGUUUUCCAAAGCCCUUCCAGAUGUUGCUGCCAAGUUAGCCAUUGAACGCAUCAACAAAGAUGCUUCUUUAGAUUUGGGACUGUCUUUUGACUAUGUGAUACUUAAUGAAGAUUGCCAAACUUCAAAGGCUCUGUCAACCUUCCUUACAUACUCUUUGGUUGCAUCAGGGUUUAUUGGCCCUUCCAAUCCAGGAUAUUGCGAUGCUGCUACUCUUUUAGGUAAAAACUGGAACAAGGCUGUAUUUUCUUGGGCCUGCAUCAACUAUGAGCUGGACAAUGUGAAAAGUUAUCCCACCUUUGCCAGAACGCUACCUUCUCCCACCAGGGUUCUUUUCAAUAUAAUGAAGUAUUUCCAGUGGGCGCAUGUCGGAGUCAUUUCUUCCAAUGAAGACAUUUGGAAGGACACUGGCAGAAAAGUGGCAAAUGCCCUUCGCAGUAAUGGAUUGCCAGUGGGAAUAGUUGUAUCUAUGGGAGAGGAUGGUAAGAGCACUCGGCAGGUUCUGGAGAAGGUCCGGAAGAUUGAUAAUCUACGCUUGAUCAUCAUGUGCAUGCAUUCUGUACUUAUUGGAGGACAGCCACAACAACAACUUCUGGAGAUUGCACAUGACAUGAAAAUGACAGAUGGCACCUAUGUUUUUAUUCCUUAUGAUACUCUAUACUACAGUUUACCUUAUCAUAAGACACCAUAUGAGAUACUAAGGAUACGCUCCAAGCUCAGGGCUGCCUAUGAUGCUGUACUCACUAUCACUGUGGAGUCAGAGGAAAAGAACUUCUAUCAAUCCUUCCAAGAAGCAAUCGACAGUGGAGAGGUUAUUUCCAAUGAUAAUCCGACAGAGGUGUCUCCCUUAUUUGGCACCAUCUACAAUGCAAUCUACUUUACUGCACAUGCCAUAAACAACAGCAGGAAGCACGACCACUGGGUCUCUGGGUCGAAUUUAGUCAAGCAUUCAAAGAACAUGCAGUUUUAUGGGUUUAACCAGUGGAUUAGGACAGACCUGAAUGGCAAUGGAUUUACAGAUUACGUCAUUCUGGACACAGACGUAAAGACCUGUGAACUGCACCGUACAUAUGUUGUUGAUAUGGAAACAGAUAUGGUCAGAUACAUGGGAAGGCCUAUUCACUUUCCAAAUGGUGUCUCUCCAAAGUCAGACUCUUAUUGUUGGUUUGCAAAUGGAAAAAUAUGCACUGGAGGUAUCGAUCCUGCUUUUGCUUUAAUGGUGUUUCUUUGCAUACUUGUUGCCAUCAUCUCCAUAAAUGGACUUGCUUAUAUUAUAAGGCGUCGGAUUAAUAAAAUAAAAUUAGUUAGAGGGCCGAACAAAAUUCUGUUAACGCUGGAAGAUGUCACUUUCAUUAAUCCACAAAUCAGCAUGAAGAGAAUAAGCAGUGAUGGAAGUCGCACCAGUGAUAGUGGACACGUUAUAGAUAACAAAAGUAUGAGGUCACCAAUAAGGUCUGGUUCUACUAAAAGUCUCACUCCUGCUACCUAUGAGAAUUCCAAUGUUGCAGUUUAUGAGGGUGAUUGGGUAUGGAUGAAAAAAUUCCCUUCUGGAGAUUUUGGAGAACUUAAACCUGGAACAAGUGAUGUCUUUGAAAUGAUGAAGGAUAUGCGUCAUGAAAAUCUGAACCCAUUCCUAGGUUUCUUCCAUGACUGUGGGGUUUUUGCUAUUGUCACAGAGUUUUGUUCCAGGGGCAGUUUGGGGGAUCUUCUCCGAAAUGAGGAUGUUAAACUGGACUGGAUGUUUAAAUCCUCCCUUCUGUUGGAUCUAAUUAAGGGCAUGAAAUAUUUGCAUCACAGAAAAUUUGUUCAUGGUCGACUCAAGUCUCGAAACUGUGUUGUAGAUGGACGAUUUGUUUUAAAAGUCACUGAUUAUGGUUAUAAUGAAGUUUUACAAGCUCAGAGAAUUGCUCAUGAAGAACCUACUGCAUUUGAGUUACUAUGGACAGCACCAGAGCUUUUGAGAGAUUCACACGCAGCUUUGCAUGGCAGUUUUAAUGGAGAUGUUUAUAGCUUUUCCAUAAUUAUGCAAGAGGUAGUGGUGCGUGGGCCUCCGUUUUGUACUUUAGAUCUAACUCCUGAAGAAAUUAUCACAAAGAUUAAAAAACCACCUCCAUUGUGCCGCCCUGUGGUGUCUCCGGACCAUGCUCCUAUGGAGUGCAUUGUGCUCAUGAAACAGUGCUGGAAUGAAGUGCCGGACAGACGUCCUUCUUUUGAUGAAAUAUUUGACCAAUUUAAAAAUAUCAAUAAAGGAAAGAAAACCAACAUCAUUGACUCCAUGCUGCGCAUGUUGGAACAAUAUUCAAGCAACCUAGAAGACUUAAUACGAGAGAGGACAGAGGAACUAGAGAUAGAAAAACAGAAAACAGAAAAGCUUUUAACACAAAUGUUACCUCCAUCUGUUGCAGAAGCGCUAAAAAUGGGCUGCACAGUGGAACCAGAGGGGUUUGAUGAGGUUACAUUAUACUUCAGUGAUAUAGUGGGUUUUACCACUAUAUCAGCAAUGAGUGAGCCCAUUGAAGUGGUUGACCUUCUUAAUGACCUCUACACAUUGUUCGAUGCCGUGAUAGGAAAUCAUGAUGUUUAUAAGGUAGAAACUAUAGGAGAUGCCUAUAUGGUUGCAUCAGGACUUCCUAAGAGAAAUGAAAAUAGGCAUGCAGCAGAAAUUGCUAACAUGUCUCUGGAUAUCCUCAGUUCUGUUGGAACUUUCAAAAUGAGGCACAUGCCCGAUGUCCCUGUUAGGAUACGCAUAGGCCUGCAUUCAGGGCCCGUGGUUGCAGGUGUAGUGGGUCUAACAAUGCCAAGGUACUGCCUCUUUGGAGACACAGUAAAUACUGCCUCCCGCAUGGAAUCAACGGGGUUACCUUAUCGCAUCCAUGUCAACCAAAGCACUGUCAAAACCCUCAGAUCUUUAAAUGACGGAUAUAUUAUGGAACUGAGAGGAAGGACAGAGUUGAAGGGUAAAGGUAUUGAAGAGACAUACUGGCUGGUUGGAAAAGAAGGUUUUACAAAACCGUUACCUGUCCCACCAGUGAUCAAGUCAGGGCAAGUGGGUCAUGGUUUUCUGCAGGAUGAGAUAACCGCUUUCAAAAGAAGAAAAGCAGAAAAGCAACUUGCAAGGAAGAAUAUCUGA